AUGGCCAAGUCUCUGCCCACGCGCGCAGAUCUUGUUGACUACAACUACGCUGUUGCGGGACAUGACGGUACUCUCUGCGAUGUCGAUGGCGAGCUCUUCAUCAAGCCUUGUACCCCCGCCGAGAUCGCCUUCUACGAGGCCUCAGUAGCCGCCCAUCCUGACUUCGCGGAGUUCAUGCCAACGUUCCUGGGCACAUUGACCCUUGACGAGCAGCAGAAUGCGAGUAUUGAGGAGCAGGGCGCUGCUUUGAUAGCGGCACAUACAAAUGGAGUUAUUCAGGAGAACGAAACUCUCCCCAUAGCGAAACACACCGUCCCCGAAGUUGUUGUCCCGGUUAAGACGGGGAAGAGAAUAGCCACAAAUCAAGCUAUUGUCCUCGAGAACGCGGCGCAUGGAUACGUGAAGCCCAAUAUCCUGGAUGUGAAGUUGGGUGUGCGAUUAUGGGCGGAUGAUGCGCCGAAGGAGAAGCAGAUACGAUUCGAUAAGGUCACGGAAGAGACCACACAUAAGGACCUGGGAUUCAGGAUAGCUGGCAUGAGGGUCUGGCAGGGCAACAGCGCAGCGGCUAAUAAAGACAUAGAUGAAGAAGGAUAUAAGGUAUACGACAAGAAUUACGGUCGCUUUUCCCUUAACAAGGAGAAUGUGCACGAAGCAUUCAGGGAUUUCAUCUUUACAGAGUCGGCUGGCAUCGACGAAGAACUUGGGCGGUUGGUUUGUCAGGCGUUUCUCGCGGAUCUUGAAAGAAUCCAAGAAGUCAUGGAAAAGCAGGAGAGUCAGAUGUUUUCAGCGAGUCUGCUCUUCGUCUUUGAGGGUGAUGGUGUUGCUUUAAGAGCUGCGAUGGAAGAGGCUAGUAAAUCACCGGCGACUCUACUCAAUGAAGAUGAUCCAAAUUCAGAGGUUGACGACGAGGACGAGGAAGAGGACACUGGCCCAAAGAUAUAUUCCGUCAAGAUUAUUGACUUUGCUCAUGCUCAGUGGACUCCAGGCAUGGGCCCAGAUGAGAACUCGUUGAAAGGGGUUCGGAGUGUGAUGAAGAUCCUCCGGGAUUUAGCAAAGGUUUGA